AUGGCUGCGCCGCAAAAGAAUGGCGUCGAUCUCGAAAAUGUCGCGACCGUCGAGCUCCUGGAGGAGCUGAAGAGACGGUAUGCGUGCUUGGCGAAGCCUGAAGGCCGCUACAUCUUUGUCGGCGCGCCCGGCUCGGGCAAGGGAACUCAGAGUUUGAAACUGAAGAAAAGCCACUGCCUCUGCCACCUGAGCACCGGUGACAUGCUCCGUGAGGCCGUCGCCAUGGGCACGGAAUACGGCAAGCAGGCGAAGGCCAAGAUGGAUGCUGGCGAGCUCGUCAGCGACGACAUCGUUCUCGGCAUGAUCGACGAGAAGCUGAAGACUCCAGAGUGCCGGCGCGGCUUCAUCAUGGACGGCUUCCCGCGCAACGUCUCGCAGGCCAACGGACUUGACAAUCUCCUGAAGAAGAACAACCAGAAGCUGGAUGGCGUCCUCUACUUUGAUGUCCCUGAUGACGUCCUUGUCGAGCGCGUGUGCGGUCGCCGCGUCCACCUGCCGUCCGGUCGCGUCUACCACGUCAACUAUCACCCCCCCAAGGUCGCGGGCCUCGAUGACGUCACUGGAGAGCCCCUCCACCACAGAAAGGACGACAACGAAGCGACGCUGAAGAAGCGCCUGGCUGUCUUCCAUAAGGACACGGUCCCCGUGAUCGAGCACUACGCGAAGUUGGGUAUGCUGUACAAGAUGGACGCCUCGAAGGAGUCGACGGCUGUCACGAAGGAGAUGUACGACUUUGUCGGCAAGCACCACAAGUCGUUCUUCGGUUAA